CAUCCCCAAACGUGGGGCGGGGAUUUUAUCGGAAGUUUCAGAGCUGGCGCUGCCAAUGCGGAUUAAACAGACUUUUACACUUAAACCAUGCAUCUUUAAUUAGAGAUUAGGUGUUAUAUGAUGAUUGUGAGAUAGGCUCCGUCUUUUGCCUUCAGACAGAAACGGAAGUGUGUGUGUGUGUGUGUGUGUGUGCGCGCGCGUGCAGUUGAAGAGUUGAAGUUCUUUAUUCUGGUGAAGUCAUAAUGAAGGCGUUCAUCAUUCCUCUGUGUCUAUGGUGUGUUUGCGGACUCUAUGUGCAUUGUCAAUCUCCUCCUAAUGUGGUGUUUAUACUGGCUGAUGAUAUGGGCUUUCAUGAUGUGGGUUAUCACGGAUCUGAGAUUAAAACUCCCGUGCUGGACCGUCUCAGUGCUGCGGGGGUCAGACUGGAGAAUUACUAUGUCCAGCCGCUGUGUACUCCAUCCAGGAACCAGCUACUGACCGGGAGAUACCAGAUCCACACGGGCAUGCAGCAUCAGAUUAUCUGGCCAUGUCAGCCAUACUGUAUUCCUCUUGGUGAGAAGCUGCUGCCGGAACUGAUGGUGGAGGCGGGUUACUCCACCCACAUGGUGGGCAAGUGGCACCUGGGCAUGUACCGGAGGGAGUGUCUGCCCACCCGCAGAGGCUUCCAGUCUUUCUUCGGUUAUUGGACAGGAUCAGAGGAUUAUUACACACAUGAGCGCUGUUGCUUCAUCACACCACUGAAUGUCACACGCUGUGCGCUAGACCUUAGGGACGGCGAGGAAACUGGGCAAAUGUACAAGGAACUGUAUUCUACUGAAAUCUUCACACAACGAGCAGUCAACAUCAUACUCAACCACAAGAUACAGAAGCCGCUGUUCCUGUACGUAGCUCUGCAGGCGGUUCACGAUCCAUUACAGGUGCCUGAGCACUACACCGAACCUUAUAGCUUCAUUAAGGACACUUCACGCAGGAAAUAUGCAGGAAUGGUGUCCGCUAUGGAUGAAGCCGUGGGGAACAUCACUAGGGCGCUACAGGAUGCAGGCAUUUGGAACAACACCAUCCUCAUUUUCUCCUCAGACAACGGAGGUCAGACAAUGUCUGGCGGGAGUAACUGGCCCUUGCGUGGCAGGAAGUGGUCUCUCUGGGAGGGCGGAAUUAAAGGUGUGGGCUUCGUCACCGGACCACUCGUGGAACGGCCCGGUACAGUGAGCCGAGAGCUUAUACAUGUCUCUGACUGGCUGCCUACAAUAGUGGGUGUUGCUGGAGGAUCAACCAAUGGGACAAAGCCAUUAGAUGGUUUUAACGUGUGGGACACAAUCAGCAAAGGAAAAGCCUCUCCCAGACAGGAAUUGUUACACAACAUUGAUCCACUUUACGUUGACAUCGCUCCAUGUCCAGGAAAUGCUUCAAGAGCUGAACAGGAACUUCAAGACUCCAUAAUGAAGGACUCGUUAAGGAGAAACUUGUUACAGACAGGGUCUGUCUCUGUGCCACACUUUAAUGUCUCCAUGCAUGCUGCUAUUCGCUACAAGAAUUGGAAGCUUCUGACUGGAUAUCCUGGUUGUCCUGUGUGGUUCCCUCGUCCUGGUGAGGGGGUAGGUGGAGUCGCAGAUGAAGCUCCUCCCCUUAAGCAGGUGAUGCUGUUUGACAUUGACGCCGAUCCUCAAGAGAGAAAUGAAAUUUCCCAUAAGCGCCCGGAAAUUGUGAACUUCCUGUUAAAACGGUUACAUCAACUGCAGGAGGGGGCACAGCCUGUCACCUUUCCCCCUGACGACCCCCGUUGUGACCCCCAAGCCACUGGGGCGUGGGGGCCAUGGCAGUGACCUGUGAUUACGACUACAAUAAAUGUUUCAUAUAAUAUUAAUAACAAUAAUAAUAAUUAAUUAUUAUUAUUAUUAUUAUUAUUGUUAUUAUUGCAAAUAAAAUAAACAUAUAAACAUUUAUUAAGACAUCUAAAAAUCUGCAAAAUAAAAUUAUAUAAAAAUAUUUUUACUUAGAGAACAACAGUUAAAAGUCAUUAAAUCAGGAUUUUUUUUUUUUUUUAAAUAAAUGAAUGAUGAUUCAUUUAGAUAAAUAAAGAAUUGUGAGUGAUUUAAUUUGAGAUAUUUAGGAAGAUGGGCGGGGGUUUUGGAGUCAUAUCUCUAAAUGAUUCCUGUCUUGUUUCAUCAGUAUGAUUCUAAUGAUUCAUUUAGAGGAAAUCUGAAUCAAUAAGGAGUCAACUAUCCAUAUUGGAUGAGGUGAGAAGUAUUUCUUUCGAUCAACUCAAGGAAACAGAAAGUUAUGGAGAGUAUUGAGGAUUUUAUUGUAUUGAGACAAAUAUAUUGUGCUCUCUGCUCUACAACAUUCCAGAGUGAUCCUUUUAACUGGACCAGCUUACUUAUUUGUGUCGUGUGUGUGUGUGUGUGCACGCCUGCCUGCUAACUAUUAUCUACAGUUGUAUUAAGUAUAGUACUAUUAAUUAUACAAUACAGUGAAAUUAUUGUAUUUUGUAAGAUUUAUGACAUCACUGCACAUUGUUUUUCAUUCAUUUGUUUAUGAAUCUGGCCCAAUACAAGUUAAGAUUAACAGUUUAGAAAUGUAGGACAGUUUUCAAUGUUAGCUAUCAUUUACACCGUAGUCAUAAUUAUUAAUUAUGAUUAUUAUAAUUAUGUUAUUGUAUUGAUAUUCCAAAUGUGCUGCUGAAUAGUGCGCAUUAGCUUGGCAUUAUUACACAUUAAAAUAUGUGAAAAGAUAUUUACAUUCAUGAAAACAAAAAUUCUCAGUAGGGCACACACAAACACACACACAAAAACACAGUUUUAAUCUUACACUUUUACAAUUUCAUUUUGGCUUUAUUAUGAUAUGGUGAUAAUUUAAUAA